AUGCGGCGUGUGCAGUGUUGCCUGCUCCCCGCCACGACGACGUUGUCCUCCUUCCUCGCACGCCACGCGGCAGCCGCACACCCGGGGCGCCAGCUGACGGCAAACCGUGCGAGUGUGGGGCUCGUGUCAGACUCGCGUUGCAUCUUUGAAAAUCUGGCGGUGGAGGAGGCGCUGCUGCGCGGUAUUGUGCUGCCGCCUGGGCAGCAGUUGUUGUUUUCGUACGUAAACAGCCCGUGCGUGGUUAUUGGCCGCAAUCAGAACUACCUGCAGGAGGUUGCAGUUGCCGCUGCGAGCCGCGAUGGCGUGGCUGUCGCGCGGCGGAGCUCCGGUGGAGGGGCGGUGUACCACGACGCGGGAAAUGUGUGCCUCUCUUUUUUCACGCACCGUGACGCGUACCACCCGGAGAGGACGAUUCAAAUCGUUCGCUUGUUUCUCUGCCGCGCCUUCGACAUCUGCCCAGAGCGGCUGACCACAACGUGCCGGCACGACUUAUUUCUUGACGGGAAAAAAAUCACAGGCUCCGCGAUGCGGGUGCAGCGCGACAUCGCGUACCACCACUGCACUUUGCUCGUCGCGUCUUGUCGCGAGCGCGUCGGCGCGUACCUGCGCCCGGAAGGCCAGUACGUCUCCUUCACCACCUCGUCCAUCGUCUCGGUUCGCUCACCGGUCACGACGCUGCAGCUUUCCGGCGUUCUGCCGCGGUUUUGCUGCAGCGGUGACCAAAGUCAAAACGGCAAUACGGACAGUAAUGACGACGUGGUGCGGUGCACUCAAAAUGCACUGCUGGACUUCUUCCUUUGUCACGGUGGUGAAAUUAUUUCGCACCAGUCGCCGUGGGAAAUAGAGCCGUCUGCGCUCCUUUGGCCGAAGAGUGUGGAGGCGAAGGAAGAUGAGGUAAAAACGUUGCCUGCUCCGAGGGAAGACGUUUGCGUGUUUAAUCUUCUCAGCACGCCGCAGGAGGAUACCCCCAUCGUGGACGCUGAGGGUCGCAGACCGGUCGCCGGGUCCUCGAAGACGUUGCGUGAGGAGGUGGACCGUUUGCGCUCGGCCGAUUGGAUGUUUUCUAUGCCCAAGUUCACGACGUGUGUCGCCGUUACCGUGGCGGAUCUGCUUACAUUUCAGCAGGACGCCCGUGGUCACCCGCGCCUUCCCGCGGAGGUCAUUCUGUACUUGAUGCAGGGCCACGCUCAGUUUGAGGUCACGACAGUUGUCGAAAAGCGCCGCAUAACAGCUCUGACGACGCGUUGGGCGGAAAGCACGGCGGCUGACGCGGGAGAAGCAUGGUGCGCAAAUGUGCUUCGUGUGCUGCUGGAAGGCGUCAACGUGGAUGAUGUCACUCUGAGCGUGAGUGAGGACGACGCGGUGCUUCUGGCGGCGCUCCAGUUUGAGUGUUUCGAUGUCAUGAAUGGUGUGCCUCUCCCACCUGUUGCGGCAACGUCUGCUGCUGCUGACUGCAGCAGGAGCGGUUUGGAUGGGCAAUCGGCUGUGCUUCUUUUUCUACAGACGCUGCUCUGUGUAUGGCGCGCUAAGAAUGUCUUUGUCCCCGUAAGCACCGGAGAGCGGAGUGUGUCGUCCGCAGCGUCGGAGUGA